ACAGAGAUCGAGUGCCAGGCCCCGUUGCCACCGCUGAACGGGCGGCUUCUCACGAGCGGACCCUUCAAGAUGUGGGACGUGGCGAGGUUCCAGUGCGACAAGGGGUAUGUCAUCGUGGGGUCUCCGCUCGUCGCCUGUCAGCCGGAAGGAUCCUGGUCCUCCACUCCGCCCGUCUGUCGGGUUGGGUGCGGGUACCCGGAGCUGACCGUGCCGCGAGGGCAGUUCAGCCCCAUCAAGUUCUACUACCAGCCUGGGGACACGGUGCUGGCGACGUGCGCUCCAGGCUACUUCUUGCAAGGGGAGGACAAGCUGGCCUGCUCCUCGAAUGGGACGUGGGAGGGGACGCCGGGGAACUGCACCCUGGCCAUGUAGAAGGGUGG